CCUGCACCAGACAGACACCGAGACAGAGGAAGAGGAGAAGCAGACAGAUAUUUGAAGUUAGUGAACAGUGGAUGAAACCAGGCCCAAGCUCCAGGAGUCUGUCUCCCCCCUCUUCUUUCUUUACCUAUUCACCCACCACCACUCCCCGGAUACUCCCCCCACCUUCACGUCCCUGUCGCGGUCGCCACCAGCCGCAGUCUGCUCGCAGCGGUUCGGCGAACAUCUACCGAUGAGUCCCGGCGGCUGCAUCCGGAGCCUCACACCCGCGUCACGGUGCAGUAGCGGGGACAAGCGCGGAUCCGCUGCUCCCAGGGAGCGGCGCGAGCGAGAGAGUUGGUUUUCUCUUUUUCUUCUCAAUUCCUCGAAGGUAAAAACAAUGACACAGCGCUUGUUGGCAGCUAUUUCUUCCCGGCUCGUAUGAGGAAGCCGUUCCCGGGCUAACGGUCGGGUCUCCGGGGCUGCACUCCAGCUUACACCGGGCAGAGGUACUUUGCUGAACUGCUGACAUUUCACAACAAGAAUCAGAGACAGGUUGGAUUCAGUAGCUUUCGGACCACGUCAUAUUUCACCGGAGGACCACCGGUUGAACAGAAACACAGAGCAGCUGAUUUCCUUCGCACGCGCGCCGCAGGAAAACAUUUCCGUCAACAACUGGACGUCUUUCCUCGGCGACAUGGUGGUCUUCAACGGGCAGCUGAAGAUUAAAAUCUGCGAGGCGCUGGACCUAAAACCCACGGCUUGGUCCCUGCGUCACGCCGUGGGUCCGAAGACCCAGAUCUUCCUCCUGGACACGUACAUCGCCCUGAACGUGGACGACUCGCGCGUGGGUCAGACCUCCACCAAGCAGAAGACCAACAGCCCCAUGUGGAACGACGAGUUCAUGACUGAGGUCAUCGACGGCAGAAGGAUAGAGCUGUCUGUCUUCCAUGACGCACCCAUCGGCUACGACGACUUCGUGGCCAACUGCAUCAUCCAGUUUGAGGACAUCCUGCACAGCGGCAGCAAGCACUACGAGAACUGGAUAGAUCUGGAGCCGGAGGGGAGAGUCUUUGUUGUUAUCGACUUAUCAGGAUCUUCCAGUGAAGAGGCGGGCUCUGCCAACAAUGAGGAGCGGGUUUUCCGACAGAGAAUGCGACCCAGGAAGCGGCAGGGGGCUGUUCGGCGCAGGGUCCACCAAGUCAAUGGGCACAAGUUCAUGGCCACUUACCUGAAGCAGCCCACCUACUGCUCUCACUGCAGGGACUUCAUCUGGGGCGUUUUAGGAAAACAAGGUUACCAGUGUCAAGUUUGUACCUGUGUGGUCCAUAAGCGCUGCCAUGAGCUCAUCAUUACCAAGUGUGCAGGAAUGAAGAAGCAGGACGACACAGUCGGAGAACAAGUUGGGUCUCAGAGGUUCAGUGUUAACGUCCCGCACAAGUUUAGCAUCCACAACUUUAAAGUUCUGACCUUCUGUGACCACUGCGGCUCCCUGCUAUGGGGCCUGCUGCGACAGGGACUCCAGUGUAAAGUAUGUAAAGUGAACGUACACAGGCGAUGCGAGAGCAACGUCGCUCCGACAUGUGGAGUGGACGCCAGAAGAAUUGCAACCGUCCUCUCAGAUCUUGGAUUGACACCAGAUAAAAUUUCCAACAGCGCCCAGAGACGGAAAAAGCUUCCUCAGGCUCAGGAUCCUCAGCAGCUGCCAUCAGAGCCACAUCAGACAGAGGAGGACCACUCGAGGUCCGCCCCCGCCUCUCCAUGUGACCAAGAUGUGAAGGAGCUGGAGAACAUCCGGAAAGUUCUGUCCUUUGACCACCGUGGAGAGGAGCACAAAGCACACCCUCUGUCCUUGCCAUCAUCAGUAGUGACAGUGGGAGAAAGAGGUGCAGGGGGCGUCGAUGGAAAUGGGGUAAAGAAAGAGAGAAACCAGGAGAAUGGCGAGGUCAAAGGUCACAGUACUUCUGAGAUAAAAAGGAUGAACCUGCACGACUUCCUGUUCAUAAAGGUGCUGGGGAAAGGAAGCUUCGGAAAGGUGAUGCUGGCCGAGCUGAAGGGCACCGACGAGGUGUUUGCCAUCAAAGUGCUGAAGAAGGAUGUGAUCUUGCAGGACGACGACGUGGACUGCACCAUGACGGAGAAGAGGAUCCUGGCACUAGCCAGGAAGCACCCGUACCUGACCCAGCUCUUCUGCUGCUUCCAGACUAAAGACCGUCUGUUCUUCGUGAUGGAGUACGUUAAUGGAGGCGACCUGAUGUUCCAAAUCCAGCGGUCUAGAAAGUUUGACGAGAUGCGCUCCCGAUUCUACGCGGCUGAGGUCACGUCUGCGCUGAUGUUCCUGCACCAGCAUGGAGUCGUUUACAGAGACCUGAAGUUGGACAACAUCCUGCUGGAUGCAGAUGGUCACUGCAAAUUGGCGGACUUUGGGAUGUGCAAGGAAGGAAUCCUGAAUGGAGUCACCACCACCACCUUCUGCGGGACGCCAGACUACAUCGCACCAGAGAUCCUUCAGGAGCUGGACUAUGGUCCGUCGGUGGACUGGUGGGCUCUGGGGGUUCUGAUGUACGAGAUGAUGGCGGGACAGCCGCCGUUUGAGGCUGAUAACGAAGACGACCUGUUCGAGUCUAUCUUGCAUGACGACGUCCUCUACCCGGUGUGGCUCAGCAAGGAGGCUGUGUCCAUUCUGAGAGCGUUCAUGACGAAAAGUCCGAACAAGCGUCUGGGCUGUGUGACAGCACAAGGCUGUGAGGAUGCCAUCAAGCUCCAUCCGUUCUUCAGAGAAAUCGACUGGAUACUGCUGGACCAGAGGAAGAUCAGGCCGCCGUUUAAACCUCGUAUUAAAACCAAAAGGGACGUCAAUAACUUUGACCAGGAUUUUACACGUGAAGAACCUGUCCUGACGCCUGUGGAUGACAGCAUCAUCAAACAGAUCAACCAAGAUGAAUUCAAAGGAUUCUCCUACUUCGGAGAUGAAACAUCUUAGAUUACCGACAUGCUGGAUCUCAACUACUCCAGGAAUUAUACUAGUGUCUUCACUACAAAUCCUGUGCUUUUGUUUGGCCAUUCAUACAUACAAACUAAAACUGUACACUUCAGAAGCAUGAGGCAGGUGUAUGCAUGCAUCUUCAGAGAGACGCUCAUUCCUUCACACAAUGUGACAUGUCCUGUAUCUGCCUUUAAAGAAUGUUUGAUGUUUUUUUUUUCUCUUGAAACAUUUCUGAAUGGCAAAACUAUGAAUGAAUGAUUGUAUUGAAAGCAAAAAAGUGCUUUAUUCCCUGACAAAUGAAGCGAGGAAAGAAGGAGAAGUUACUUUUAGUCAAAGCAAGAAAAGAAAUGUUAGGAAGAGGCACCAAGUCCUCAACAUUUGCAUUGCUAAGCUUCAAUUUUAGUCCAGCUGUUUUUUUUUUUUUUUUGAAGCAAAGAAUGGAGAAAAAGCAAAAAUGAUGGUGUGGCGGAUUAGGGCCAUCAAAUAUAUAUAAUUCCCUUCUCAUCCACCGUGGGUGCUUCUUAUCCUCUGAGCUCGGGUCCUCUACCAGAGGCCUGGGAGCUUGAGGGUUCUGCGCAGUAUCUUGGCUGUGCCAAGGACUGCACAUUUCUGGACUGAGAUGUCUGAUGUUGUUCCUGGGAUCUGUUGUAGCCACUGCUCCAGUUUGGGG